AUGGGGAGGGAGAUGCCGUACAUGCCGGACGCGAUCGUCUCGGAGAUCCUGGCCCAUCUGCCGGUGAAGCCCCUGAUGGGGUUCACCUGCGUCUGCAAGGCGUGGCAGUCAAUCGUCCGCGGCGACGCAUCCUUCCACCGCGCGCACCUCCACCUGCAGAAGCCAUGCCUGCUCGUCUCCCCGCGCACAGUAGACGACGACCCUCUGCACACCGACAAAGUCGGCCUGCACAUGUGGGAGGCGAACCAGCAGGGCACCGCUGUGCCCCUCGUAUACGCCACGGACUUCUCCUCCGGCAAGUUAAAGCACGAUCUCGCGCAUUGCGAUGGGCUAGUCCUGCUGCACGCCGAGUCCGCCGUGCACCUGCUCAACCCAGCUACACGUCACACCCGGACGCUGCCCCGGGCGUUCGGCCUCAGGCGCGACCCUCGUUCUGGUGCCUACAAGGUGGCGUGCUUCUCCUACCGCUCUUGGACCAAGCUUGCAGUGACGGUCGACUAUCACUCCAUGAGGAUGGAAGUAUUCACCAUUGGAACCGAUCGGCACUGGCGUGAGACACCAACGCAGCCGUCAUACCCUACGGUGGCACAGCGAACAGCGACCUUCUAUAAAGGAUCGCUUAUCUGGACUGUCUUUGGUGACACUGCUCCGGGCUUCCUCCGUUUCUGCUUGGAAGACGAGGCUUUCGGGGUCAUUCAGCCACCUCCUUGCCACCCGAGGUUGGAAUGCGUGAUGUCCAGAUUAGCAGAGCUGCGCGGUGAGUUGUGCUUGGUUUGUGUAGGGGCCAACAUCCGUUUGGUUGAGUUGUGGGUGUGCGACGACGUUGACAAGCCAAGAUGGGUUCUACGUUGCACAGUUAAUUUUUGCGGAUUUGGGCCCCCUAAUUUCCAUCCGGUUGCCGCAUUUGGGGACGAAAUUGUGUUCAAUGAUUCAGUGUGUGGUACAAGGCGCUACAAUCUCAGAACCAAAUCUUACAAGAACAUGUUCUGCAUGGAGGACUUCGGGAUUAACAGUCCAAGCACAGGCAUAUUUGAAGAUUUCUCUUACUUUGAUGUAAUCCCCUACAUUCCAAGCCUAAUUUCAAUUUCGGAUGAAGUUUCCACUUCCUAA